AUGAAAAAGGAAAAGAAGCAAACCGCAGCAGAGGCGACAAUAGACGACCCCACCGCAAAUGCGGCGGCGGCAGCAGCAGCAGCAACAGCGAAACGGGAGAGGGACGUAGCGGCGGGGGUGGGGGGCACGGCGGUCGGGGUAAAGAAACCCAAGGGAGGGGCGGCGGGACCCGCGGGGCCGCCGGUGGACAAAAGAAAGGCGGCGGGUGACAAGGAAAAAAUUUCGGCGAAGGACAAGGUCAAGGGGCAGCGACUAAAGGGACAAUCCGGGAUCGGGUCGGACUUCCGAACAUGGAAGAGCGACCUCGAGAUGACCAUGAGGCAGCAGUACGAUUGA